UUUCCCACAACAAAAAUAAUAGUUAUAAUAAUUAGGUUUUAUUUUCUUUUUUUAGUUGUGAGAUGGCUUCCUCAUCCUCGUCCCCAGAUAGUUGUUUUACGGUGUCACAGGAAGAAUUCAACAUGUUUCACACCAUCGACCGAACUCUUUUCGCUCGGAUGGUCUUUGGACUCGGACGAGACCCGGACGAGUCGGUUCGAGUAAUGGGAUUGUGGCUUUGGCUUGAACAAAAUGGUGAAGAGUUUAAUUUGGUGUAUAAGAUGUUGAGUUUACCGGACGCUUUGAUUGAUGCAUUGUCGGAUGAAACCGUCAUGUCGUUGGCUUGUAUAGAUAACGACAAAUUUCCAUUUGAACCGGAUUCGACCGUCGAUAUUCCUCUCAUUCAACACGUUUCUAAAACCCCGGUUUCUCUCCGGUUCUUCCACGAAAACCGGCUCGCAAUCCUCCGUGGCGUUACCAAGAUUUGUAAAGAUAUUUGCCAUAGAGCCUUUUUUGAUAUUCUCCACACGCUCCAAACCCAGCGCGUGAUUUCACGCGCCACCGUUCCCUCCUUUCCCGCUGUCCACGGCGGCGCCCGUGGACGGUUUCUUGCAGCGGCUCCGGCGAGUAAAUUCGGCGGGCAGAAUUUUGGGUUCGUUGGUUUGAGAGGGGAGAGUUCGACGACGGCGGUUUCGGCGGCGACGGUGACGGCAAUUCAGAGUGGAAUGGCUGGUUUGAAGUUAAAGGAAGAAGAGAGGGAGGCGAUUCCGGCGGAUGAGAGGACGAUUUUCCUGACUUUCUCGAAAGGAUACCCAAUUUCUGAAGAAGAAGUUAGAGAUUAUUUUGGCAGAAGAUAUGGGGAUUUCAUAGAGAACAUUCAUAUGCAAGAGGCACAGCCGCCGGAGCAACCGCUGUACGCGUUGCUGGUGGUGAAGAUGGAGUCCUCCAUCGACGUCGUCCUCGAAGGAAGAACCAAAGCUAAAUUUUCCAUCAAUGGCAAACAUGUAUGGGCACGAAAAUAUGUUCGUAAAAUUCCGAACAGGUCCUCUCUUAGACCUUCUCCGCCGCCCUCUCCGCUGCUAUUUCCAAUUAUGCCUCCUUCCAACUUUCCUCCGUCGCCCGCUCCGUAAUCGACUCGACUCCUCCAUCGCUCUCACUUUUAUCUUUAUUACUAUUACAGUGUACAAAAAAAUAUCAUCCUAUGCUCUGUACUAAACUAUAAUGCAUAUAGUUUUAUUUUUUUUUCU